UGACGAUUUCAGGUGCACGAAUACCGUUUUGAACGAGCGUGGACGACGGCGUGUCGACUUUAACGUCGAAGAUUUUCCUUGCACCGCAAUGGACACGAGAUCAUUUUCCUUUUCACAAUGUUCGGUGGAAGCGGCUUUGAAUCGUUCUUUGGCGGCGGCGACGCCCGUGGUGGCGGCCCGUCCAAACCCGUGGACAACAGUGCCUACUAUGAGACGCUUGGUGUACCCAAGACCGCCAGUGCCGCCGAUAUCAAGAAGGCGUACCGCAAGCUGGCGCUCAAGAACCACCCGGACAAGGGUGGUGACCCCGAACUUUUCAAGGACAUCACGGUCGCGUAUGAAGUUCUCUCGGACCCGGAAAAGCGCGAACUGUACGACAGAUAUGGUGAAGAAGGAUUGCAACAAGGCGGAGGCGGUGGACAUCCUGGAGCCGACAUUUUCUCGCAAAUGUUCGGCGGUGGUCGUCCCCGCGGCCCCCAACGUGGUGAAGACUUGACCCAUCCGUUGAAGGUGUCGUUAGAAGACUUGUACAACGGCAAGACCGUCAAACUUGCGGUGAAUCGUGACGUUCUGUGUGGCGGAUGCGCUGGUCGAGGUGGUCCCGAGGGUGCUGAAACCACGUGCGGCACUUGUAAUGGGCGCGGCAUGCGCAUCCAGCACCGCCAAAUCGCUCCUGGCAUGGUUCAACAGGUCCAGUCGGUGUGUGCUGACUGCCGUGGCCAAGGCAAGUCGAUUCGCGAAUCCGAUCGAUGCAAGGUGUGCAAGGGCAACAAAGUCACUAAGGAGCGCAAGGUGCUCGAAGUGCACAUCGAAAAGGGCAUGCGCAACGGCCAACGCAUCACGUUUAAGGGCGAAGCUGACCAAGCCCCAGGCUUAGUUGCUGGUGAUAUCGUGUUUGUUGUCCAAGAGAAGGAGCACGCUGUGUUCCAGCGCAAGGGCGGAAACCUCAUUUUCGAAAAGAAGAUCUCGCUCGUGGAAGCGUUGACUGGUUUCGAAACGAUCGUCGAGCACUUGGACGGCCGCCACUUGCACGUGAAGUCUGCCCCCGGCGACGUGAUCAAACCCAACCAAUUCAAGGCUAUCCAAGGUGAAGGCAUGCCUCAGCACGGCAACCCGUACGUGAAGGGGCAACUGGUCAUCCUGUUCAAGGUCGAGUUCCCUACCCAGUUAACCUCCGCGCAAGCGACCGCGCUCAAGUCGCUAUUCCCACCUCCGGCUCGACUGACCCGUGUCACAGACGCAGAAGAAGCGUACCUGACGGACUUCGAUGCCGAAGCCGCCAAGCAGCAGGCCUCGCAAGAAGCGUACGACUCGGACGAAGACCGAGGGCACCGAGGAGGUCCUGGUGGAGUGCAAUGCCAGCAACAAUAAGAGUAGGAGCUUACAAUAUCUAAACCACCCUUAACUAUUUCAAUGAUGGACGCACUCGACCACGUACAGCGGCGGGGCUUUCCAGGUGUCUUUGCUAGCACUUCACGUUGUCAUGGGGCUCGAGCCGAAGCUCACGACGGACGUGGCACGUCCGUGGGGGGCGUAUGUACCGAGGACAGAACUUGGAUCCACUUGGCCCGCCCCUGUGUACAUCAAGACCUGCUUCGUCCAUCAUGCUAACGCGACUACCGCCGCAUUUCCAGGGACUUCCAUGAAACCAAACCAUCCAACUCAUAGCGCACGACAGCGUGAAUGUCACCCACGUCGACGCGAACGUCGUGGACUUCCU